AUGAAAAUCUUUACAAUUCGUUCAGACGAAAGUCUUGAAAAAACUCUAAAUGACUUUCAAACUCAAAUAAACAAAUACUACUGGGAAUUUCAAGAAAAAUACCACUCUUUACUAAAUGGAACAUACUAUCUAAAACUAGAAUACGACAAGAUGAACUCCACCGUUUCAUUUCAAAAGAUUGAAAUUAACCCUCCAAGAGAUACAGAGUUUUUAUAUUGGGGAGUAGACAGACGUUCUUGGGCACAAUUUCUUCGGUUACUAAACCAGAACGAACCAUUACCACCAGAUGGUCCAUUUAAAUUUAUACUUCCACCAGCAGAUUUGACAGUUUAUAGAAACGUGUUUGACCCUCAAAAUGUCAUGUGUCAUGCAAGUUUCAGUUCAAGCAACAACAGUUUUCUUUGUAUUGGUAAGGACUUUUAUGACUUUGCUUCUAAAUUCUACGAACCACCUAGUAACAGUUUCUCUGACUUUCAAGUUUGGUUCACAACAAAUGGCGUGCAGCAUAUAAUACCAUUGUACUAUGACUUUUAUCUCGAAUUGUCUUUCAUAUACAACUACGGAAAAGUGCUGAAAAAGUAUUGA